AUGAAGCUCCUCCUGAUCUUGUUGAUUUCCCAAGUCUCAUCUACCAUCAUCACAGUCAAGGGAACAAUUCGAUGCAACUUGUUCUCAUCAUUUAAUGCCACUAUAACACUACAGGAGAAAGAUACGUUAGGUUCGGAUGAUAUCAAAAUAAAAGUAUGGAAAAACAAGCCGUCGAAUGUUACACAUAAUUUUUCGAUCAAGGGGGAUUUUACCGAUGGUGACGGAAUUUUUGUGAGCUUUCUAAAAAUUAAAAGAGCAGUUUGAGUUGUCUGAAUUUUGUAGGACGGGGAAUACGAACCUGCUUUGUACAUCGUGCACAAUUGCCGUGACAUUGGUUUUUUGAAUGAAUAUCGGUGAGAUUCGAGAGGAAACUAAAUGAUUUUCAAUUUUAUAGGGGUGAGGCUAACAUAGGUCGUACAAUGGGUACAAUCUACAUCCUUGGAAAUGUUUAUCGAGAGUUUAAAAGUGUCCCCAUAACUGCUGCAAGUGCGAAUUAUACUGGGGUGACUAUUAAAUUGGACAAUAGAGUUGAUUUGUAA